GGCGGGCGGGCAGGGGACGCCGGCCCCGCCAUGGUGAAGAGGAAGAGCUCGGAGGGGCCGGAGCAGGAGAGCGGCCGCGGCGUCCCCCUGCCCAUCCAGACCUUCCUGUGGAGGCAGACCAGUGCAUUUUUGAGGCCUAAAUUGGGGAAACAAUAUGAAGCUUCCUGUGUGUCUUUUGAAAGAGUUUUAGUGGAGAACAAACUACAUGGUCUUUCUCCGGCCCUUUCUGAAGCCAUCCAAAGCAUUUCUCGCUGGGAACUGGUGCAAGCUGCCUUACCACAUGUACUGCACUGCACAGCAACAUUGCUGUCUAACCGAAACAAGCUAGGACAUCAGGAUAAGCUUGGAGUAGCAGAGACUAAGUUGCUUCACACUCUCCACUGGAUGCUGUUGGAGGCUCCUCAAGACUGCAGCAAUGACCGGUUUGGAGGAGACCGAGGCUCCAGCUGGGGAGGGAGUAGUAGCGCCUUUAUUCAUCAGAUUGAAAACCAGGGAUCGCCAGGACACCCCAGGCACAGCAUCUCUAACGAUGAGGAAGAGAAUAACAGGAGGAGGUUCUUUCAGAAUUCCAUGGCUACGGUGGAGCUCUUUGUGUUCCUGUUUGCUCCAUUGGUCCACAGAAUUAAGGAGUCUGACCUAACUUUUCGGCUGGCCAGUGGCCUUAUUAUUUGGCAGCCUAUGUGGGAACACAGGCAGCCUGAGGUUUCUGCCUUCACUGCUCUGGUUAAACCAAUUAGGAACUUUAUAACAGCCAAGAGAAGUUCUCCAACCAACAGUCAGAGCUUGUCUUGUGAAUCCCCCAAUUUGGACACGGGGCAAACAGAGGGUCUCCAGGUGGUGUGUGAAACAGCCCAACCAGAUUCUGUACCUCAUAAAGCUACUAUUUCAGCAUGUCACCGUGGAAACUCCUUGGAUGGAAGUGUAUCAUCUCAAACAUCUCAGGACAGAGGCCCCCCACAUCCCAGGAUUUCUGUGGUGAUCCCGCCAUGCCAAAAGUCCCGCUAUGCCACUUAUUUUGAUGUGGCUGUGCUCCGCUGUUUGCUGCAGCCUCAUUGGUCAGAGGAGGGUACACAGUGGUCUCUCAUGUACUAUCUGCAAAGACUGAGGCAUAUGCUACAGGAAAAGCCAGAGAAACCACCUGAGCCAGAGAUCACUCCCUUGCCAAGACCCCGCAGCAGUUCAAUGGUGGCUGCUGCACCCUCUCUGGUAAAUACGCAUAAAACUCAGGAUCUCACAAUGAAAUGCAAUGAAGAAGAAAAAUCACUCAGCACUGAGGCCUUUUCCAAGGUGUCACUGACCAACCUACGCAGGCCUGCAGUUCCAGAUCUCUCCACAGACCUGGGAAUGAACAUCUUUAAGAAGUUCAAGAGCCGCAAAGAAGAUAGGGAGCGCGAGCGCAAGGGAUCAAUUCCUUACCACCACACAGGGAAAAAACGUCAGCGAAGAAUGGGUGUGCCCUUUCUCCUUCAUGAGGACCAUCUGGACGUGUCGCCCACUCGCAGCACAUUUUCCUUCGGCAGCUUCUCCGGGAUUGGGGAGGAUCGGCGUGGCAUUGAGAGGGGAGGAUGGCAGACCACCAUAUUAGGAAAGUUUACCAGACGGGGAAGCUCUGACACGCCUACGGAGAUGGAGAGCCUGAGUGCUAGGCAUUCACACUCUCAUCAUACUCUCGUCACUGAUUUGCCUGACCACUCAAACAGCCAUGGAGAGAAUACAGUCAAAGAAGUACGCUCCCAAAUCUCCACCAUUACAGUGGCAACUUUCAACACCACAUUAGCCUCAUUCAAUGUGGGCUAUGCAGAUUUCUUCAGUGAGCACAUGCGAAAACUCUGCAAUCAAGUACCUAUUCCAGAGAUGCCCCAUGAACCACUGGCAUGUGCCAACCUCCCACGGAGUUUGACUGACUCCUGCAUCAAUUAUAGCUGCUUGGAGGACACAGAUCACAUCGAUGGAACCAAUAAUUUUGUCCACAAGAAUGGAAUGCUGGAUCUUUCGGUAGUUCUGAAGGCUGUUUACUUAGUUCUGAACCAUGACAUUACCUCCCGCAUUUGUGACGUGGCACUGAACAUUGUUGAAUGCCUGCUUCAGCUUGGUGUGGUGCCCUGUGUGGAGAAAGUCAGAAGGAAGAGUGAGAACAAAGAAAAUGAGGCCCCUGAAAAGAGACCAAGUGAAGGAUCCUUCCAGAUCAAGGGGGCCACAUCAGGUGGCUCUGCCUCUGGAUUUGUGGCUCCCUCAGUCAGUGGAGCUGGAGAUGGAGGAGAAGAAGGUGGAGGCGGUGGAGGGGGAGGUGGUGGAGGCGAUGGAGGUGGAGGAGGUGGCAGCGGUGGCGGUGGAGGUCCUUAUGAAAAGAACGACAAAAAACAAGAGAAGGAUGAAACCACUCCAAUAAGCACCCAUCGGCUGGCACUAACUAUGCUGAUCAAAAUAGUGAAAUCCUUGGGCUGUGCUUAUGGCUGUGGAGAAGGACACCGAGGGCUCUCUGGAGAUCGCCUGAGACACCAGGUAUUCCGGGAGAAUGCUCAGAAUUGCCUCACAAAGCUGUACAAGCUGGAUAAGAUGCAGUUCCGUCAGACCAUGAGGGACUAUGUGAACAGAGAUUCCCUCAAUAACGUGGUGGAUUUUCUUCAUGCUUUGCUAGGAUUCUGCAUGGAGCCAGUCACUGACAACAAGGCUGGAUUUGGCAAUAACUUCACCACAGUGGACAACAAAUCUACUGCACAAAGUGUGGAAGGAAUUAUAGUCAGUGCCAUGUUCAAGUCCCUGAUCACUCGCUGUGCCUCUACUACACAUGAACUUCAUAGCCCUGAAAAUCUGGGAUUAUACUGUGACAUCCGACAGUUGGUCCAAUUUAUCAAGGAGGCUCAUGGAAAUGUCUUUAGAAGGGUGGCACUCAGUGCCCUUUUGGAUAGUGCUGAAAAAUUAAUACCAGGGAAGAAAACAGAGGAAACAGAGCAGGAGCCAAAACCUUCAGGGAGCAAAAGAUCUGAGGUGGGAAGCAUUGUUAUUGAUAAGGGACAGGCAUCGUCUGCCCCCGAUGAAUGUCGCAGUUACCUCUCCAGCCGUCCACUGCAGACUCCAGAGCAUGACGAGCAAAUGCAAGGGGCUGUUCUGGGACGCAAGGACUUCUGGCGGAAGAUGUUUAAGUCACAGAGUGCAGCAAGUGAUACAAGUAGCCAGUCAGAGCAGGAUACAUCAGAAUGCACCACAGCUCACUCUGGGACAACCACUGAAAGGCGCUCUCGCUCCCGUUCCCGACGGAUCUCUCUCCGAAAGAAACUCAAACUCCCCAUAGGUAAAUGGAACUGGCUGAAGCGGUCCUCCCUCUCUGGAUUGGCUGAUGGAGUGGAAGACCUCCUGGAUAUCAGCUCUGUAGACCGUCUUUCUUUCAUCAGGCAGAGUUCCAAGGUGAAAUUCACUAGUGCAGUGAAGCUGUCAGAAGGAGGACCUGGAGGUGGCCUAGAGAAUGGGCGAGAUGAAGAGGAGAAUUUCUUCAAGCGUCUUGGUUGCCACGGUUUUGAUGAUCAUUUGGCCUCCAACCAGGAAGGUGGAAAAUCUAAAAAUGUAGUGAACCUGGGAGCAAUAAGACAAGGCAUGAAGCGCUUUCAAUUUCUUCUGAACUGCUGUGAGCCAGGCACAAUCCCUGAUGCCUCAAUCCUGGCAGCUGCACUUGAUCUUGAAGCUCCUGUGGUGGCAAGAGCAGCCCUCUUCCUAGAAUGUGCUCGCUUUGUUCACCGCUGCAACCGUGGCAAUUGGCCAGAGUGGAUGAAAGGGCAUCAUGUGAACAUCACAAAGAAAGGGCUGUCCCGUGGACGUUCCCCUAUAGUGGGAAAUAAACGGAACCAGAAGCUGCAAUGGAAUGCAGCCAAACUGUUCUACCAGUGGGGAGAUGCAAUUGGCGUCCGACUCAAUGAGCUGUGCCAUGGGGAGAGUGAAAGCCCCGCCAAUCUGCUGGGCCUCAUUUAUGAUGAGGAGACCAAGCGAAGACUGAGAAAGGAGGAUGAGGAGGAAGACUUUUUAGAUGACAGCACUGUGAAUCCCACCAAAUGUUGUUGUCCUUUUGCCCUGAAGAUGGCAGCAUGCCAGCUUCUCCUGGAGAUCACCACUUUUCUCCGAGAGACUUUUCCCUACAUGCCUAGGCCACGUACUGAGCCUCUUGUGGAUCUUGAGAGCUGCAGGUUGCGUUUGGACCCUGAGAUGGACCGGCACCGAUAUGAGAGGAAGAUCAGCUUUGCUGGGGUUCUUGAUGAAAAUGAAGACUCAAAAGAUUCUCUGCACAGCAGCAGCCACACCCUGAAAUCUGACACUGGCUGUGAAGAGAAGAAAGAAGGGAGCCCUUGGAGCGCAAGUGAGCCUAGCAUUGAGCCCGAGGUGCUGAGCAGCACAGGCACAGAGGAGAAUUACCAUCGGAACAUGUCCUGGCUGCAUGUCAUGAUCCUACUGUGCAACCAGCAGAGUUUUAUAUGUACCCACAUUGAUUACUGCCACCCCCAUUGCUAUCUACACCACAGCCGCUCCUGUGCCCGGCUAGUUCGGGCCAUCAAACUCCUGUACGGUGACACAGUGGACUCUCUCAGAGAAAGCAACACACUGAAUAGUGUGGCAAGGGGAAAAAAACAGAAGGAGUGCUCAGACAAAUCAUGCCUAAGAACUCCAUCUCUAAAGAAGAGAGUUAUAGACAUCAACUUGGAAGGAAAGAAGGACUCUGGAAUGUUGAAAUACAUCAGGCAUCAGGUAAUGAGCCUGUCCCCAGCGCCUUUGUCACUGUUAAUCAAGGCAGCUCCUAUCCUCACAGAAGAAAUGUAUGGGGACAUCCAGCCUGCUGCCUGGGAACUGCUGCUCAGUGUGGAUGAGCAUAUGGCAGGAGCAGCAGCUGCCAUGUUCCUACUGUGUGCUGUGAAAGUGCCAGAAGCUGUUUCUGAUAUGCUGAUGUCUGAAUUUCAUCACCCUGAGACAGUGCAAAGACUGAAUGCCAUUCUCAAAUUCCACACUCUCUGGAGAUUUAGAUAUCAAGUCUGGCCUCGAAUGGAGGAGGGAGCUCAACAGAUCUUUAAGAUUCCUCCACCAAGUAUAAACUUCACCCUGCCCUCUCCAGUCCUGGGAAUGCCCUCUGUGCCAAUGUUUGACCCACCUUGGGUCCCACAGUGCAGUGGGAGUGUACAAGACCCCAUCAAUGAAGACCAGUCUAAGUCAUUUUCGGCCCGGGCAGUGUCACGUUCUCAUCAGCGAGCAGAGCAUAUCCUGAAGAACCUACAGCAAGAGGAGGAAAAGAAACGCCUGGGCCGGGAGGCCAGUCUGAUCACUGCCAUUCCCAUCACCCAGGAGGCAUGUUAUGAGCCCACCUGCAACCCAAAUUCAGAGCAGGAGGAGGAAGUAGAAGAAGUUGCCAACCUGGCAUCCCGCCGUCUCUCUGUGAGUCCCUCCUGCACAUCUAGCACUUCUCACAGGAAUUAUUCCUUCCGUCGUGGCUCUGUCUGGUCAGUGCGUUCAGCGGUCAGUAAUGAAGAUGAGGAACACACUACAGAGCAUACUCCAAAUCAUCAUGUGCCCCAGCCUCCCCAGGCAGUGUUCCCAGCAUGCAUCUGUGCAGCUGUGCUUCCCAUUGUCCAUCUGAUGGAAGAUGGAGAAGUCCGGGAGGAUGGAGUCGCAGUGAGUGCUGUGGCUCAGCAAGUCUUAUGGAACUGCCUGAUUGAAGAUCCCUCAACAGUUCUGCGGCAUUUCCUGGAGAAACUCACAAUAAGCAAUCGACAGGAUGAGUUGAUGUACAUGCUGAGGAAGCUUCUACUAAACAUCGGAGACUUUCCUGCCCAGACAUCUCAUAUCCUCUUUAACUACUUGGUGGGACUGAUAAUGUAUUUUGUACGUACCCCAUGCGAAUGGGGCAUGGAUGCCAUUUCAGCAACUCUGACCUUCCUGUGGGAAGUGGUGGGUUAUGUAGAGGGCCUGUUCUUCAAAGAUCUGAAGCAGACUAUGAAGAAGGAGCAGUGUGAAGUAAAACUGCUGGUGACUGCCUCAAUGCCAGGCACAAAGACCUUGGUAGUGCAUGGGCAGAAUGAAUGUGACAUCCCAACCCAGCUACCUGUACAUGAGGACACACAAUUUGAAGCUCUUCUGAAGGAGUGCUUGGAAUUUUUUAAUAUACCUGAAACUCAGUCUUCUCAUUAUUUUUUAAUGGAUAAACGAUGGAACCUUAUUCAUUACAACAAGACCUAUGUUCGUGAUAUUUAUCCUUUCCGGAGAUCGGUAUCUCCUCAGCUGAACUUGGUACAGAUGCACCCAGAAAAGGGCCAGGAGCUCAUUCAGAAACAGGUGUUCACCCGCAAGCUGGAGGAAGUAGGGCGAGUGUUGUUUCUGAUAUCACUCACCCAGAAAAUCCCUACUGCCCACAAACAGUCCCAUGUCUCUAUGCUCCAAGAGGACCUUCUGCGCCUGCCUUCCUUCCCAAGAAGUGCCAUUGAUGCAGAAUUCUCACUCUUCAGUGAUCCUCAAGCUGGGAAGGAGCUGUUUGGCCUUGAUACUCUUCAGAAAAGCCUGUGGAUUAAGCUCCUGGAGGAGAUGUUUCUUGGUAUGCCCAGCGAGUUUCCUUGGGGGGAUGAAAUCAUGCUUUUCCUAAAUGUCUUUAAUGGAGCCUUGAUCCUGCACCCAGAGGACAGCGCUUUGCUGAGGCAAUAUGCUGCUACUGUCAUCAACACUGCUGUGCACUUCAACCAUCUAUUCUCCCUCAGUGGAUACCAAUGGAUCCUUCCCACCAUGCUGCAGGUAUAUGCUGACUAUGAAAGCAACCCUCAGUUACGCCAAGCAAUUGAGUUUGCCUGCCGCCAGUUCUACAUUCUACAUCGCAAGCCCUUUAUCCUACAGCUAUUUGCUAGUGUAGCUCCUCUUCUGGAAUUCCCCGAUGCCACAAACAAUGGACCCAGUAAAGGGGUAUCAGCUCAGUGCCUGUUUGAUCUGCUGCAGUCUCUAGAGGGAGACACACCUGACAUUUUGGACAUCUUAGAGCUGGUGAAAGCAGAAAAGCCUCUCAAAUCAUUAGAUUUCUGUUAUGGAAAUGAAGAUCUGACCUUUUCUAUCAGUGAAGCCAUCAAGCUGUGUGUAACAGUGGUGGCAUAUGCUCCUGAAUCAUUCAGAAGCCUCCAGAUGCUGAUGGUUUUGGAAGCACUAGUUCCCUGCUAUCUGCAGAAACUGAAGAGGCAGACCUCACAAGUCGAGACUGUAACAGCUGCUCGCGAGGAAAUUGCUGCAACUGCUGCCCUUGCCACAUCUUUGCAGGCCCUUUUGUACAGUGUGGAAGUCCUCACCAGACCCAUGACUGCUCCCCAGAUGAGCAGGUGCGACCAAGGCCAUAAAGGUACCACAACAGCCAACCACACCAUGUCGUCAGGGGUGAACACCAGGUACCCAGAACAGGGAGCCAAACUACACUUCAUCAGGGAAAACCUUCACUUGCUGGAGGAGGGCCAAGGUCUCCCCCGAGAGGAGCUGGAUGAGCGAAUUGCCAGGGAGGAGUUCAGGAGGCCCCGGGAAUCCCUGCUGAACAUCUGUACAGAGUUCUACAAGCACUGUGGCCCCCGGCUGAAGAUUUUGCAGAACCUAGCUGGAGAGCCCAGGGUGACUUCCCUGGAGCUGCUGGAUGUGAAGUCACAUAUGAGGUUGGCAGAAAUUGCACAUUCCCUUCUGAAGCUGGCACCUUAUGACACCCAGACGAUGGAAAGCCGUGGGCUCCGGCGCUACAUCAUGGAGAUGCUGCCCAUCACAGAUUGGACAGCUGAGGCCGUGAGACCUGCCCUUAUCCUCAUCUUAAAGAGACUGGAUCGUAUGUUCAAUAAAAUUCACAAGAUGCCUACUUUGAGGCGACAGGUUGAGUGGGAGCCUGCCAGCAAUUUGAUUGAAGGGGUUUGUUUGACACUUCAGAGGCAGCCAAUCAUAUCCUUCCUGCCUCACCUUAGGUCACUGAUCAAUGUCUGUGUCAAUCUGGUGAUGGGAGUGGUAGGACCUUCCAGUGUUGCUGAUGGAUUACCCCUUCUUCAUCUCAGCCCUUAUCUCUCGCCACCUCUGCCCUUCAGCACAGCUGUUGUCCGGCUUGUAGCAUUGCAAAUACAGGCUUUGAAAGAAGAUUUUCCCCUAAGCCAUGUGAUCUCCCCAUUCACCAAUCAGGAGAGAAGGGAAGGAAUGCUUUUAAACCUACUGAUUCCAUUUGUCCUCACAGUAGGAUCUGGAAGCAAAGACAGCCCGUGGCUGGAGCAGCCUGAAGUCCUGCUGCUGCUCCAGACUGUUAUUAAUAUCCUCCUACCACCUCGCAUCAUUAGCACAUCCCGCAGCAAGAACUUCAUGCUGGAGAGUUCUCCUGCACACUGCUCCACCCCCGGGGAUGCUGGGAAGGAUCUGCGCAGGGAGGGACUUGCAGAGUCCACCAGCCAGGCAGCUUACUUGGCCCUGAAAGUGAUUCUUGUUUGCUUUGAGCGCCAGCUUGGCAGCCAGUGGUACUGGCUGAGCCUACAAGUCAAAGAGAUGGCCUUGCGGAAAGUGGGCGGGCUUGCCCUGUGGGAUUUCCUUGAUUUCAUCGUUCGGACCCGUAUCCCAAUCUUUGUGCUCCUGCGGCCCUUCAUUCAGUGCAAGCUGCUUGCCCAACCAGCAGAGAAUCAUGAGGAACUGACUGCCCGACAACACAUUGCUGACCAGCUAGAGCGGCGCUUCAUCCCACGCCCUUUGUGCAAGAGCUCCCUCAUUGCAGAAUUCAACAAUGAGCUAAAGAUCCUGAAGGAAGCAGUGCACAGUGGGUCAGCCUAUCAAGGGAAGACCUCGAUCAGCACUGUAGGCACCUCCACCUCUGCCUACCGCCUGAGCCUUGCUACCAUGUCCCGCUCCAACACAGGCACUGGCACAGUCUGGGAGCAGGACAGUGAGCCUUCACAGCAAGCUUCGCAGGACACUCUGAGCCGGACCGAUGAGGAGGAUGAAGAAAAUGACUCAGUGAGCAUGCCCAGUGUGGUAAGUGAACAGGACGCAUACCUUAUGAGUGCCAUUGGGAGGAGGCGAUUCUCCAGCCAUAUCUCCAGCAUGUCUGCACCUCAGGCUGAGGUGGGCCUGUUACCCAGCCAAAGUGAACCUAAUGUCCUCGAUGACUCCCAGGGCCUGGCCGCUGAGGGCAGCCUCUCUAGGGUAGCAAGUGUUCAAAGUGAACCAGGACAACAGAAUCUUCUUCUUCAGCAACCUCUGGGGAGAAAGAGAGGCCUGAGGCAGCUUCGAAGGCCUCUUCUGUCACGUCAGAAGACCCAAACUGAACCUCGUAACCGUCAUGGGGCUCGACUUUCAACAACUCGUCGAAGCAUACAGCCAAAAACAAAACCAAGUGUGGAUCAAAAGCGAUCAGUGACUUUCACUGAAGCUCAGACAGAUGUAACAGCACCCUCAACAGCAGAUGCCACACCAGUGGUAGCCCAGCAGCUGGCUGGCAGCAGAAGCAGCCCUGCCCAAGUCAGCAAGCAGGAAGCUGUGAAUCAACCUGUCCUGACCUCUUCUCCUGCCAUUGUUGUGGCUGAUCUCCACCAGACCACCAGCCAGACUGAGGCACUUUCUGCAGAGAAGGAAAAAGACAAAGAGGAGGAUUUGGAGUCCAGGCCAGGACCAGCACACAGCGCCACACAACUUUCUGACACCGAAGACUUCACAGGUCUAGAGACUACCAGCUUGCUGCAGCAUGGAGACACUGUCCUUCACAUCAGUGAAGAGAAUGGGAUGGAGAAUCCUCUUCUUUCUAGUCACUUCACCUACACACAUGUUGAGCUCGGGGAGACUGAUGUUGACCUGGAUGAGUCCCAUGUUUAAACGACUGGGCACUGCAGUAACGGGGAGGAAAGAUAAUGUAGAGUCUUGUUAGAGAAAAUGGACCUUCUCCACAUUGUUUCUUACUACUUAAAAAGCACUUUACAACCAACAGAGGAAAUACAUAAUGGCCUGUUUAAUAUAGACAAGUAAAUGUGUUUUAGACAACAAGAGCCAACCUUUUUCUUUUGAUAAAUCCACUUAGGAUCAGAGCAGACUACAAAAACCAGAG